AAUGAAAACCUUUGAUAAUGCAAUUAAACCCACUUAAAAACCAGUUUGCUACUAAGUCUAAGGAUCACUCAAUAAAUAUAAAUCUACAACUAAAGAAAUUAAUUCGAUUAUCUAAUGUGAAGAAUUAUUCUAAACAAUUUAAACAGACACAUAUAUAUCUAGUGAAGUUUCAGAUGCCAAAAUCAUAUAAUAAUCAAAUAUGCCUAAUUCAAUUAAGAUGACAUUAAAAUCACAUGAAAUCUAAGAAUUACCUAUAGUUUAAGAAAAUGAGACACAUUCUCAAUCCAUCUUCAAGUACUUAUAAAAAGAUGAUUAAUCCUAAAAAUUAUCUACCAACACUAAUAGUUAACAUAGCAAUACAUCAAAAUAAAACUAAGAAACAUUAAAUAAUUAAUGUAAUAGAAAUCAAAGUCAUAAACCAAAUCAACCUAGUCAAAAUUAAUCUUAACAAAAUAAAAAAAAAGAUGUAUCUCCCCAAAGAAGCACAUCUCCUUAUAGAUAAUUUCUAUAAAGACCAUAAUAAAAUUAAGUUAGUACUUAAUAAAGAACUAAAUCUCCUUUUAUUAAGAAUACAGGAGCUUAAAAAUUAACACCAAGAACAAAUCAAAAAACUACACCUUCUGCUUCCCCAUUCAGAUAAGCCAAAGAAAAUAAUAUAUCAACCAUUAAUUAAAGAAACUUAAGGACUGAUAAAUCAUAAAAUAAAUUAAUUUAAGUUAAGAUUAAGGAGACUCAUAAUUAAAAUUAAUCUCAUGUUAUAGUUGAUCUAAGCAAAUGUCCAACUUAGAGAGUUCUUAUGAAAUAAGGUAUUUUAUAUUGAAAUUAUUUAGAUUCAAAUAGACCCAAAAUGAAGGUUGAAUUAAGUCUAAAGAGUUUAAUUAAAAAUGGAAUAUGA